AUGCCUUCCAUUACUCCCAUCAACUCUGGUGACCGCUUCGACUUCAUCGUCGUCGGUGGCGGCACUGCCGGUAACACCGUUGCCGGCCGUCUUGCCGAGAACCCCAAUGUCCGCAUCCUCAUCGUCGAGGCCGGUGUUGCCAACCCCGACCAGAUGAAGGAGAUCAUGACCCCCUCCAACGCCAUGAACCUCCGUGGCAGCAAGCAUGACUGGGCCUACAAGACCACCAUUGUCAAGCGUGACGACUACGAGCGUAUCGAGAAGCCCAACACCCGCGGCAAGAUCCUCGGUGGCAGCUCUUCUCUCAACUACUUCACUUGGAUCCCCGGAUGCAAGCCUACCUUUGACAUGUGGGCUGAGUACGGCGGUGACGAGUGGACCUGGGAUCCUCUUGUCCCCUACCUGCGAAAGAGCGUCACCUACCACGACGACGAGGGCCUCUACGACCCCGAGCUUGCCAAGAUUGGCACUGGUGGUCCCAUCAACGUCUCCCACGCCGAGCUGCUCCCCGAGAUGGCUCCCUUCCGUGAUGCCCUCACCAAGGCCUGGACCUCCAUGGGCGAGCCCCUGACUGAGAACAUCUACGAUGGUGAGAUGAUUGGUCUGUACCACUGCGCCGACACCAUCUACAAGGGCCAGCGCAACGGCAGCUUCCUCUUCCUCAAGAACAAGCCCAACAUCACCGUCCUCACCGAGGUGCACUCCAAGAAGCUCCUCAUCGACUACGCCGACCGCACCUGCAGGGGUGUCACCGUUGUCAACGCCGACGGCAAGGAGCUCAGCUUCUAUGCCGACCGCGAAGUCAUCCUGUCCCAGGGUGUCUACGGAAGCCCUCAGCUGCUCAUGCUCAGCGGCAUCGGUCCCGCUCGCGAGCUGGCCAAGCACAACAUUGAGUGCAUUGUCGACUCUCGCCACGUUGGUCAGAACCUGAUUGACCACCCGGCUGUGCCCUUUGUCCUCCGCGUCAAGGACGAGUACGGCAUGGACAACACCAUCCUCCGCAAGAACCAGGCCAAUGUCCAGGCCCACGCCGCCUACGACAAGGACCACUCCGGCCCCGUUGGCUCCGGCUUCCUCGAGAUGGUCGGCUUCCCUCGCAUCGACAAGUACCUUACCAAGGACCCCGUCUACAGCGCCGCCGUCAAGGCCAACGGUGGAAAGGACCCUCUCUGCCCUGAUGGCCAGCCUCACUUCGAGCUGGACUUUGUCUCCAUCUUCGGAAGUGCCUUCCAGUGGCACUACCCCGUCCCCAAGGUCGGCGCCCACACCACCGUCGUCGUCGACCUGGUGCGGCCCAUCUCCAAGCCCGGUGAGGUCACCCUCGCCAGCAACAACUACCUGGACAACCCCAACAUCAACCUCAACUUCUUCGAGAGCGAGCUCGACAUCAUCGCCAUGCGCGAGGGCAUCCGCUUCAGCUACGACCUCCUGACCAAGGGCGAGGGCUUCAAGGACCUCGUUGUCGACGAGUACCCCUGGGACAUGCCCCUCGACAAUGACGAGGAGAUGAGGAGGGUCGUGCUCGACCGAUGCCAGACUGCCUUCCACCCUUGCGGCAGUGCCCGUCUGUCCAAGAACAUUGAGCAGGGUGUUGUCGACCCGGCCCUCAAGGUCCACGGAGUCAAGAACCUGCGUGUCAUUGACGCCUCCAUCAUGCCCGUCAUCCCCGACUGCCGAAUCCAGAACUCGGUCUACAUGGUUGGCGAGAAGGGUGCCGACAUGAUCAAGGCUGCCUACAAGGACCUCUACUAG